CUCCACAUGUACCGAUGCUAUGUGGAAAGUAGUGAUGUCGGAGGAGGUUGGGAAGAAAGUGCAAGCGGUGGUGGACCGGGUGAACCAGGCGGUUACCCGACGCCCCAAGACAUUACCAUGUGUGGCACCUCGAUUAGUUGCUGUUAGUAAAACCAAACCGCCAGACAUGGUGCUAGAAGCUUACAAACAUGGACAGCGCAACUUUGGAGAGAACUAUGUAAAUGAACUUGUGGAGAAAGCGUCUCACCCCCUGAUUUUAUCAUCAUGCAGUGAAAUUAAAUGGCAUUUCAUUGGACAUCUACAGAAGAAUAAUGUAAAUAAACUCCUGGGUGUUCCAAACCUCUAUAUGGUAGAGACAAUCGACUCAGUGAAACUGGCUGACAAAGUCAACAGCUCCUGGCAGAAGUUACGAGGAUCUAACACGCAGAGGUUAAAGAUCAUGGUUCAGAUCAACACCAGUGGAGAGGAAAGUAAACAUGGCCUGCCUCCUGAUGAAACUAUAAACACAGUCAAGCACAUUGUAUCCCACUGUACUGCCCUGGACUUCGCUGGACUCAUGACUAUUGGCCGUUAUGGCUAUGACCUGAGUGAAGGCCCCAACCCAGACUUCCAGAUGCUGCUGAAGUGUCGGGAGCAGGUGUGUGACAGUCUGAAGCUCUCAGUGGAACAGGUUGAGCUCAGUAUGGGCAUGUCCACAGACUUUGAGCAUGCGAUUGAAGUAGGCUCCACUAAUGUCCGUGUCGGUAGCACUAUUUUCGGAACACGGGAAUAUCCAACCACUCCCAGCCCAAGCCCAGAAAGAAGGCCAAAGGUUGUAUCUGAAGAAGCAGCGAAAAAGAUGGAACGUCUUACUGUGACAGAGCAUUAAAUGUCAAAAAGAGAUACACAACUGGAUCUGCACAGUUGAAGAGGACCGGUUGCGCAUUUUACAAAUGUUACUGGAACACCCAAAUCGGAAGCCCAAGAUAUGUCUUAACUAUUGCUCUUGACAUGGUCCUCUUGGGGAAUGGUAAGAUUGGAAAGAUUUACUAUGUGAAUGUGGUCUGAAACUUUUUACUCAAGUAGACACUGUACAGUUGUAAAAUCUUCAAACCUUUUUCACACUUUCAUGUUUGAUAAGAUUAAGAUGCAGGAAAUACUGCUAGACCAUAAUAGUGUUCUUGCGCCAUUGUACCUAGGACUAAAUUAUUGGGGUUUUUUUUGUUUGUUUGUUUUUCCUUUUUGUUAACUGGAUGCUGGAUCUACAUUUAUUUUAAUUCUUAAUGUAUUUUAACUCUUUGGUUAAACAAAUGAGUUAACAAACAUGAUAUUUUGCUCAUGUUUUGUGGAGGAAAUGUGGAUUGCGGUGUUUCCUGUCAGUAAGAUGUUGAGUCAGCUUAAAAAGAGAAAGCGUCAAUGUACAGUACUGUUUAACUAGUUGUCUUUUGCUGUGAAAGCUGUGUAAACAGGACUGGUGUUGGCCAUGAUGAAAAAUAUCAGCUGCAUUUUUAACACGUCAUUAACAGGGCACUUCAUUUCAAAACCAUAUUAUUUUCCUGUAUAGUAUUUGUACAGUAGUUCCACAGGGCAAGUAACAUAAAGAAAGGAUGUCUUUGACAGAAAGAGCUUGGUAUAACUCGGUGAAUCUUUGAAACUCUAUAGCAUCUUACUAUGCAGACAUAAUGUUGGUUGUAUGAUCAUUUAUUUUAGUGUCUUUUGAUAUUUAGUGUUUAAUAAAACCAACCAUUGUUUCUGGCUGUGAGCAACUAUGAACGAUCAAUGGGAAAUCACAGUAAUUUGAUCACAUGUACAGUGUCUAACAAAAGACUGUAUCUUGUCCUUAGGUGGUUGUACAUAAGCAAACUGUUUGAUCUGUACGUUAAUGAGCAAUAAAAAAAAAUAUUAACAAUUUGAA